AUGCCCUCAUCCGCUAUGAAGCGCUCGAGUUCCAUCUCGAACAUGCAACAGGUUGCCGGCGCCUUCACCUCAAACCAUGCGCGCUCGACAUCCGGCUCCCGCAUGUCGCUUGCCCCAGGCCGCCCAAACCAGCCCAUCUUCCAGCGCUCCUCCUCAGGUAACAACCUCGCCGAUCUGGGCUUCCAGUCUGUUCACCGCAAUUCGACGAGCAACAUGUUUGGCGCAAGCAGUGCCGGCGGUGGCAGAAAGAGCUUUGCCCCAGGCUCCAUCUUCCAGACGCCCGCGUCUGCACAGAGUCUCGAACAGAGCACUCAGCGUCGAAGCAGCGUUUUCAAGGCACGACCCUCCCACGGCUCCGGCUCCACGGGCAUAAAACAGUCUUUCUUCGCAACCGCACCUCUGCCCGCGGCCCCCCCAGUCGAUCCGCGACGCCUCAAAGAUGCCAGCACUCGAGCUCAAAUGGCGCAAGAACUAAUGGAGUAUUUGACCCAUAACAACUUCGAGAUGGAGUCGAAACACUCUCUCUCAAACAAGUCGAUGACCUCACCCACCCAGAAAGACUUCAACUGCAUGUUCCAGUGGCUCUAUCACCGCAUCGACCCUUCUUAUCGCUUCCAGAAGUCCAUCGACCAAGAGGUUCCGAUUCUGCUCAAGCAGAUGCGCUAUCCGUUUGAGAAGUCGAUUAUGAAGUCUCAAAUUGCGGCCGUAGGCGGCAACAACUGGUCCACCUUUCUGGGUUUGCUUCACUGGAUGAUGCAGCUCGCGCGCAUGAUGGACUCGUAUGAAGUAGGAUCCUACGACGAUGCGUGCUUUGAUGCUGGACACGACGUUUCUGGUGAUCGCAUUAUAUUCGACUUCUUAUCUGACGCCUACCGUACGUGGUUAUCCGCAGAAGAUGAGGACGAGGAUGAAGAGGCGCAAGCCCGUCUCGUGCAGCCGCACGUAGAAGUCAUGGCUGCACGUUUUGACCAGAACAAUGCGCAACAUCUCGAACAGGUUAAGAUUCUAGAAGCAGAGCACAAGAACUUGGAGGACCAGAUCGAGGAAUUGGGGAAGUCUGGCCCAAGGAUUGCGAAACUGGAAGAGCAGAUCAAAAUUCUGGAGGAGGACCGCGUGAAAUUCGAGAACUACAACAAUUCUAUGGACGCUAAGGUGAAAAAAUAUACCGACCGAUGCGUUUUCUUGGAGAAAUCUAUUCAGGAGAUAGAAGCCGAGCUCGAGGCAGGCGAACGUGAGCGACAGGAGCUGCAGGACAUUGUUGAUAGCAGAGGUAUGACAACCUCUGACAUCGACCGCAUGGCCUCAGAGAAGGAGCGCCUCGAGAAGUCUCUUGAGACUGCAUUCACACGCAUGGAGGAGUCGAAGAAACGCGUCGCCGAGAAAGAAUUAGCAGCGUCCCGCAAACUAGAUGAACUUGAACAGACAGUCGAGAAAUACAACAACCUAGGCUACCAGAUUGGCGUCAUCCCUUCCACGGCCGCCAAUGCAAAAGACUUGGAUUACGAACUCCUCAUCACGAUUCAUGACACGCCCAACUUCUCUAGCUCUCAAAUGGGCUCGUCAACACAAGAGUCUGGCGACCGUCUCGUUCAAGAUGCUGGAACAGGCUACUCUCCACACCACCUCCUGAACCUUGACCUCCGCGGCACCGUCAAGACAAACAUCCUCUCUCUCCGCAAAGAAAUCGCCGAGCGGCGCAAUGCGUCACUCGAAGCUGAUAUGAACAACCACGAUCUCCUCGACAAGAUCAAGGAAGCCAUGGAUGACAAGCAAGGCGAGGUCGAGGCUCUGGGUCAUCGCGUUGCGCAAGCAGAAGAGGAACUCGACAAGCUAAGAGAGAUAACUAGUACGCAAAAGACGGCGAGUGAUGCGCAGAUUGAGAAGAUGGAGAAGGAAUUGAGCAGGAUGAGGGCGAAUUUAGGCGAAAGUGUGCAGUUGAUGGUGCAGAGGGAAAUGGCGGUUAAUAUUGAGUACGAGCAACUCACCCUACGCGCAAAUUCGCUCCGCGAAGAACUCCACACGGAAAUCGAGCGCAUGCUCGAUGACAUCGUUAGGUUCAAACUACAUAUUCAACGCAGUUUAGAAGAGUAUGAAGUUUUCAUUGCGGAUGAGGUCGAGAGGAGUUGUGAAGAGCAGGAUUUGUUAGGUGAUGCUGAGGAGGUGGUGGAGGCUUAG